AUGGCUGGAAUUGUUAGUACUUGUGCUUUAACUCUCUCUUCAAAAAGCAAUUCCCGGACAUCUUGGUCGGAAUUUGAGACUCAUCAUAGAAGGACCAUCCGGGGGAAACCAAGUCGCUGCAGAAAUUGUGGAAUUAGAGCAGAAGUAAAUUUUGUGGAUGCAGAUGAAGCAAAGAAACUUGUGAGAGAUGACGGAUAUGCUGUGCUUGACGUACGAGACAAAACUCAAUAUGAACGAGCUCAUAUAAAAUCAUGCUAUCAGGUUCCUCUUUUUAUCGAGAAUCAAGACAAUGACUUUGGCACAGUAAUAAAAAGGACUGUGCACAACAAUUUCUCCGGUUUGUUCUUCGGCUUGCCAUUUACUAAGCUCAAUGAUAAAUUUGUGGACUCUGUGCAGAGUCAGCUUUCACCUGAAAGUAAACUGUUAGUUGUAUGUCAGGAAGGCUUAAGGUCUACGGCAGCAGCCAAGAAGUUAGAGGCAGCUGGUUACAACAAUGUAGCAUGUGUAACAUCAGGGCUUCAAUCUGUAAAACCAGGAACAUUUGAUUCUGAAGGUUCUACUGAGUUGCAAGAUGCUGGCAAAGCCGGUUUGAUCACAAUUCAAGGCAAGAUCUCAGCAGUUCUUGGAACUGUACUUAUCUGUGCAUAUCUAUUCAUCACCUUCUUCCCAGAGCAAGCAGAAAAGCUACUUCAACUCGCCCCACCGAGCUAG